AUGGCUGGUGUCAAGCGUCGUGUCGACGCCGCCGAGGACCGCAAUGGAAAGCGGAGCAAGAGCCAGGUCUCCGCACCUGUGAAGAAGUCCAAGACUGAUUUCAAGUCUGGCAAGUCUGGCAAGUCUGACAAGAAGGCUUCCAAGAAGAAGGUUCAACAAGAGGACUCUGAGGAUGACGGGGACGAUUUCGAUAUGGACAAUCUUUCUUCGGAUGACGGAGACGACGAUUUCGAUGAUCUGGAUGCCACACCCGAUGAUGUUGAAAUGGACGAUGUGAGCGACGACGAGGAGGAGGAGGAGGAGGAGGAGGAGGAGAGCGCCAAGUCGGACAAGAAGGAUAACAAGCAACAAAAUGGCGAGGCGAAGAGUAGCACCUCCCGCGAGUCCCAUGCGAAGCAAAAGGCCCUCCAACAGGAGCGCAAGGCUGCCAAGCCCAACGCCGACACGAUCGCCCGCUCCAAGAAGCUUUGGGAGCAGCUGCGCCGCAAGUCCCACGUCCCUCUGGAACAACGCAAGAAGCUCAUCAAGGAGCUAUUCGAGAUUAUCACCGGUCGUGUCAGCGAUUUCGUGUUCAAGCAUGACUCUGUGCGAAUCAUCCAGACUGCCCUGAAGUACGGCAACCUGGAGCAGCGCAAGCAGAUUGCGCAGGAGUUGAAGGGCAGCUACAAGGAGUUGGCGCAGAGCCGCUACGCCAAGUUCUUGGUGGGCAAGUUAAUUGUGCACGGUGAUGCAGAAACCCGCGACCUGAUCAUUCCCGAGUUUUACGGCCACGUCAAGCGUCUGAUUCGUCACCCCGAGGCAUCAUGGAUUCUGGACGAUAUCUACCGCACAGUUGCGUCCAAGGAGCAGCGCCGACGGAUCCUCCGUGAGUGGUACGGCCCCGAGUUUGCCAUCUUCCAGGAUGACAAGGAGACUUCGGAUCUGGUUAAGAUCUUGGAGGCGCACCCUGAAAAGCGGGGACCUAUCAUGCACUUCUUGCAUGAGCUCAUCAACCAUAUGGUCCAGAAGAAGACCACCGGUUUCACUCUCUUGCACGAUGCCAUGUUGCAAUAUUUCCUCAACACAAAGCCUGGCAGCAACGAGGCGAACGAAUUCAUCGAGUUGCUCAAGGGUGACGAAGAGGGCGAUCUGGUGAAGAACUUGGCUUUCACCGCGUCUGGCUCUCGUCUGAUGUGCCUGAGUCUGGCCUAUGCCAACGCCAAGGACCGUAAGCUGCUGCUACGAUUCUACAGGGAUACCAUCAAGGCGAUGGCAGGGGAUGCGAACGGUCACAUGGUGAUUCUAGCCGCAUACGAAGUGAUUGACGACACAAAACUGAGCGGCAAGUCGAUCUUCUCGGAACUUCUCAACCAGAACGAUGCCGAGGAGGCUCGUAAUGAGGAACUAUUCCGCCAGGUCAACGAUCUGGUCGCUCGUGCUGCUGUCCUGUUCCCCUUCGCAGGUGAUCGCGUCAAGUGGCUCCUGCCCGAGGCCGAUUUGGGGGUGUUGAAUGAGAUUCGUGAGAUCCGGAAAGAAACCUCGAAGAAAGACCCCGCUAUCCGGCGCAGCGAGCUGGCUGUGGCCGCUUCACCCACCCUACUUGCCUUUAUUGCUGCCCGUGCCGAGGCUCUUCUGGAGACCUCCUUUGGCUGCCAGUUCGUCGGCGAGGUCCUGUUCGGAUCCUCUGGUGACAAGACUGCUGCCCUGCAAGCCGUUGCCAACGCCGCCAAGACCCAGUCCGAACAGCGCGACUCUGCUGCCUUUGGCCGUCUCCUCAAGUCCCUCGUGCAGGGCGGUCGUUAUAACCCCGCCACCAAGUCCGUGGAGAAGGUGUCUCCACCGUUGAACUUCCACGAUCUGUUGUAUGAGCAGAUCCGGGACGAGGUUGUGGAGUGGGCGACCGGCCCCAACACCUUUGUGAUUGUCGCGAUGGCCGAGUCGGACGAGUUCCAGGGCAAGGCUGAGUUGCUCAAGACUCUGAAGAAGAACAAGAAGGCUCUGACGCAGGCCUCGGAGUCUGGCAAGGGCGAGAAGAAGGCCGGACCGGCGGCUAGCGGUGCCAAGCUGCUGCUUGAGAAAGUAUAG